CUUUCAGCCGGUGGCAGAGGAAAGAGGCGCAUCACAGUCCCCCCGCUCGUCCCGGCAGCCUCGCUCUCCGCGCUCCCGCUCGCCCCGGCCGCCCCUCUCUCGCCGCGCACCUCCCCGUGCACCCCCACUCCGCUCCGGACCGGCCAUCGCGCGCGCCCAUCGGCUCAGGUGGAGGCAUGGAGGAGCCAGCCUGAGGGAAGAUGCCGUUUCCGUAGAAACUGCCGCGCGCAGCUCCUACCGGUGGUGAUGCUAGCCCCCACAGCCUCUCUCUUUCCUGGGCUAGAGUGCAGCGGAUGACUUAAAAAAAGAGGGCUUUCUCCCCCUCCCCUCUGUCUUUCCCUUUUUCUCCUGCUUUUUUUAAGGAGAAUCAUCACCCUUUUUUUCUCUUGUGUGUGUGUGCAUAUAUAUUUUUGUAUACACAUACACGUCCUCCUGCAGUCCCAUUGUUUUCAGGAGGGGAUUUCUGACAGUACAUUUUGACUAUGGCACAUGCAGCCUCUCAGCUGAAGAAGAAAGCGGAUUUAGACCUCACUGCAGCGGAAGAUGAGAAAGAGAAGAAGAGGAAGACCAGGAAGAGGUCCCGGGAUCUGAAGAAAAAGUCUGACAGCAAUGCCAGUUACCUGAGGGCAGCCCGGGCCGGGAACUUGGAGAAGGCCCUCGACUACCUGAAGACAGGGGUCGACAUAAACAUCUGCAACCAGAAUGGGCUGAAUGCUCUCCAUCUCGCCUCGAAAGAGGGCCACGUGGAGGUGGUCGCCGAGCUGAUAAAGCUGGGGGCCAACGUGGACGCGGCGACCAAGAAAGGAAACACCGCCCUGCAUAUAGCCUCCCUGGCGGGACAGACGGACGUGGUGAAGGAGCUGGUGACCAACGGAGCCAACGUGAACGCGCAGUCUCAGAAUGGCUUCACACCGCUGUACAUGGCCGCCCAGGAGAACCACCUGGAGGUGGUCCGAUUUCUCCUGGACAACGGCGCCAGCCAGAGUAUCGCCACCGAGGACGGCUUCACCCCCCUGGCAGUGGCUCUGCAGCAGGGGCACGACCAGGUGGUGUCCCUGCUUCUGGAGAAUGACACCAAGGGCAAGGUGCGCCUGCCCGCCCUCCACAUCGCCGCCCGCAAGGACGACACCAAGGCGGCCGCGCUGCUCCUGCAGAACGACCACAACGCAGACGUGGAGUCCAAGAUGAUGGUGAAUAGAACGACAGAGAGCGGCUUCACCCCGCUCCACAUCGCGGCUCACUACGGCAACAUCAACGUGGCCACGCUGCUGCUGAACCGAGGGGCAGCGGUGGACUUCAAGGCCCGGAAUGACAUCACGCCCUUGCACGUUGCCUCAAAAAGAGGAAACGGAAACAUGGUGAAACUGCUGCUGGAGCGGGGAGCCAAAAUCGAUGCCAAAACCAAGGACGGACUGACCCCUUUACACUGUGGUGCGAGGAGCGGUCACGAGCAAGUGGUGGAGAUGCUGCUCGACCGCGGAGCGCCGAUUCUGUCCAAAACGAAGAACGGGCUGUCCCCACUGCACAUGGCCACUCAGGGAGAUCACCUGAACUGCGUCCAGCUCCUGCUUCACCACGAGGUGCCUGUGGACGACGUCACCAACGACUACCUGACGGCGCUGCACGUCGCCGCCCACUGCGGCCACUACAAGGUGGCCAAGGUCAUCGUGGACAAGAAGGCCAACCCCAACGCCAAAGCACUGAAUGGAUUCACGCCGCUUCACAUUGCUUGCAAGAAGAACCGCAUCAGAGUGAUGGAGCUGCUGCUGAAGCACGGAGCGUCGAUCCAGGCUGUGACCGAGUCGGGGCUGACGCCGAUUCACGUGGCCGCGUUUAUGGGACACGAAAACAUCGUGACUCAGUUGAUGAGCCACGGAGCUUCGCCAAACACAACCAACGUGAGGGGAGAGACGGCGCUCCACAUGGCGGCCAGGGCAGGGCAAGCCGACGUGGUGAAGUACCUGGUGCAGAACGGGGCCAGGGUGGAGGCCAAGGCUAAGGACGACCAGACGCCACUGCACAUCGCCAGCCGGCUGGGCAAGCCGGACAUCGUGCAGCAGCUGCUGCAGCACGGGGCGUCGCCCGACGCCUCCACCACCUCGGGCUACACCGCGCUGCACCUGGCGGCCCGCGAGGGCCACGAGGACGUGGCGUCCGUGCUGCUGGACCACGGCGCCUCCCUCUCCGUCACCACCAAGAAAGGGUUCACUCCUUUACACGUGGCAGCAAAGUACGGGAAGAUUGAAGUGGCCAAUCUCCUGCUUCAGAAGAGCGCUCCCCCAGAUGCAGCUGGAAAGAGUGGACUAACUCCACUGCAUGUCGCUGCGCACUACGAUAACCAGAAAGUGGCACUUCUCCUGCUGGACCAGGGAGCCUCCCCCCACGCUGCUGCCAAGAACGGCUACACUCCCCUGCACAUCGCUGCCAAGAAGAACCAGAUGGACAUCGCCACCACCCUCCUGGAGUACGGCGCCGACACCAACGCCAUCACCAGGCAGGGCAUCAGCCCCGUGCACCUGGCCGCCCAGGAGGGCAACGUGGACAUGGUGUCUCUGCUCCUGGCUAGGAACGCUAACGUCAACCUGGGCAACAAGAGUGGCCUGACUCCCCUUCACUUAGCCGCUCAGGAGGACAAAGUGAACGUGGCGGAGGUUCUGGUCAACCAGGGGGCGACUGUUGACCCGGACACAAAGAUGGGAUACACUCCACUGCACGUGGCCAGUCACUAUGGAAACGUGAAGAUGGUGAACUUCCUUUUACAGAACCAGGCUAAAGUCAAUGCCAAAACGAAGAACGGGUACACCCCUCUCCACCAGGCGGCGCAGCAGGGCCACACCCACAUCAUUAACAUGCUGCUGCAGCACGGCGCCUCCCCUAAUGAGCUGACCGUGAAUGGAAACACAGCCCUGUCCAUUGCGAGGAGGCUGGGCUACAUCUCCGUCGUGGACACUCUGAAGGUGGUGACGGAAGAGACGCUGACCACCGUGACCGUGACAGAAAAACAUAAGAUGAAUGUUCCCGAAACCAUGAAUGAGGUCCUGGACAUGUCGGACGAUGAAGUUCAUAAAGCCUAUGUACCCGAAAUGCUCAAUGAAGACUAUAUUUCAGAUGUUGAAGAAGGUGAGGAUGCAAUGACCGGGGACACCGACAAAUACCUGGGGCCCCAGGACCUGAGGGAGUUGGGGGACGACUCCCUUCCUCAGGAGGGAUACAUGGGCUUCAGCCUUACCGCGCGAUCGGCAAGCCCUAAAAUCAGCCUCCGCUCCUUCAGUUCGGAUAGGUCCAACACGCUCAACCGAAGCUCCUUCACCCGGGACAGCAUGAUGAUCGAGGAGAUCCUCGCACCCAACAAGGAAACGCUUCAGAGUGUCUGUAAAGACAUCUCCUUCAUUGUUGAGCCUCAGAAUAAGCACCUGGCGGCGGCCAGAGAGUACGACACGGACUCUCUGAGACGGUACAGCUGGGCUGCCGACACCCUCGACAACGUCAACCUGGUCUCCAGCCCCAUUCACUCCGGCUUUUCCUCACCACUUCCCCAGUAUGACUCCAGGUUCCUGGUCAGCUUCAUGGUCGACGCCCGCGGCGGCUCCAUGCGGGGCAGCCGCCACAACGGCAUGCGCAUCAUCAUCCCGCCGCGGAAGUGCACGGCCCCCACGCGCAUCACCUGCCGCCUGGUCAAGAGGCACAAGCUGGCCUGCCCCCCUCCCAUGGUGGAAGGAGAAGGCCUGGCCAGCCGAUUGGUGGAGGUCGGCCCGGCCGGCGCCCAUUUCCUCGGCCCUGUGAUAGUGGAGAUCCCCCAUUUUGGCUCAAUGAGGGGCAAGGAGAGGGAGCUGAUAAUUCUCAGGAGCGAGAACGGCGAGACGUGGAAGGAGCACCAGUAUGACUGCAAAACCGAAGACCUCAACGAGCUUCUCAACGGCAUGGAUGAAGAACUGGACAGCUCGGAUGAGCUUGAGAAGAAACGCAUCUGUCGGAUCAUCUCCAAGGACUUCCCACAGUACUUUGCAGUCGUUUCUCGAAUCAAGCAAGAGAGCAACCAGAUGGGCCCAGAGGGAGGGUUGCUCUCCAGUCUGACGGUCCCACUGGUCCAGGCCUCCUUCCCCGAAGGAGCACUGACCAAGAAGAUUCGAGUAGGCCUCCAGGCUCAGCCUGUUCCGGAUGAAAUAGUGAAGAAGAUUUUGGGGAACAGGGCCACAUUCAGCCCCAUAGUGACCGUGGAGCCCCGAAGGAGGAAGUUCCACAAACCCAUCACCAUGACAAUCCCCGUCCCUCCCCUGUCAGGGGAAGGGGUCACCAACGGCUACAAAGGGGACAGCACCCCCUGUCUGAGGCUCCUGUGCAGCAUUACAGGGGGCACUUCACCAGCACAAUGGGAGGACAUCACAGGCACCACUCCUCUCACCUUCGUCAAAGACUGUGUCUCCUUCACCACCAACGUGUCUGCUAGGUUUUGGCUUGCAGACUGCCACCAGAUCCCGGAAACUGUUCCUCUGGCCUCUCAGCUGUACAGGGAAUUGAUCUGUGUUCCAUACAUGGCCAAGUUUGUGGUGUUUGCCAAAAUGAAUGACCCGGUGGAGUCCCGCCUGCGAUGCUUCUGUAUGACUGACGAUAAAGUGGACAAGACCCUGGAGCAGCAGGAGAACUUUGAGGAGGUGGCCCGUAGCAAAGACAUUGAGGUUUUGGAGGGAAAGCCAAUCUGUGUGGAUUGCUAUGGCAAUUUGGCUCCACUGACGAAGGCUGGGCAGCAGCUGGUUUUGAACUUUUACGCGUUCAAAGAAAACAGGCUUCCUUUCUGUGUGAAGGUCAGAGACAGUAGCCAAGAGCCUUGCGGGCGACUGUCAUUCCUUAAAGAGUCAAAACCUACUAAAGGUCUUCCACAGACUGCCAUCUGCAACCUGAACAUCACACUGCCAGCUCACAAAAAGGAUAUGGAUUCAGAUCCAGAUGAAGAGACUGAAAAACCAGAACGACGUCAUACCUUUGCAUCUCUAGCCUUACGUAAGCGCUACAGCUAUCUGACUGAGCCUGCUCUGAAAACAGUUGAACGAAGUACAACAAGAACACUGCCUGCUGGUUACAUUCACAAACCUGUCUUUUCAACAAGAUCUUACCAGGCAUGGUCGACUGCUCCUAUUACCGUCCCUGGCCAAGCAAAGUCUGGACUGGGUUCCAUCUCCAGCUCAUCGUCCAACACGCCAUCUGCUUCGCCACUAAAGUCAGUGUGGUCAAUAACCUCUACUUCUCCAAUCAAGUCCACCCUUGGAGCCUCACCUGCAUCUUCAGUCAAAUCAGUUAGCGACAUAGCUUCUCCCAUCCGGUCAUUCAGAAGUAUUUCGUCCCCAAUAAAGACUAUAACUCAACAAGGCCAAUAUCCCAUUCAAGUCUCUUCUUCUCUGCUGUCUUCACCGGGUAAAACUGGACCAGAUCCUGUGUCUGUGAAAGGACUGGCUGCAUCACUGUCCUCAAGAACUUCCGUCACCACCACUGGGUCUGUGCUGGAAAGGUCUUCAAUUACCAUGACCCCUCCUGCCUCUCCAAAGUCAACCAUAAACAUGUACACCUCCAGCUUGCCAUUCAAAUCUGUAAUGGCCCCUAUGGAAUCGUCACCCACAAAAUCCAUAUGUGGCCUGUCUUCAGUGAAAUCCACUGCAGAUGUUCCUAUGACAGCCAAGGGAAUAUUGGUUUCUUCCCUGUCUUCACCAGCAAAAUGUCAAGUAACUUCCAUGGAGACAGCUCUGCUAAAUGGAACUGCCUCACCAAUUAAAUAUGCCUCCUCUUCGUCCAGCUUUGGAGGCAGUUUACAAGAAAGGAUACAAGCAACUACCCAUGCAGCCACAACGAGUGUCAAUGCGGUUUUCGACGAAGCAGAAAAGUCCUUUAAUUCCUGUUCUGCUUCAGGCUACGGCACACUCAAGUCCAUGUCUUCCUCUGUGUCCUCAUCUUAUCAGUCCAUGAGAUCUCCCGCUGCAAGUUCCAUUUACAGCUCCAUGAGGUCUCCUGUUUCAUCCACCACCUCUGUGACAUCCAGUCCGAUAACCGUCCCUGUGUAUUCCCUUGUUAAUCUUUUGCCAGAGGCACAGGUAAAAAAACAAGCUGAUGUAACCUCUGCCACGAGACCAGCCUCCCCUCAGAGGACCACAGCACCCACAGAUGCCCGCACGCAGGCUGAUUCUUCCUUCUCCAGGACCAUGUCACCAGUCAAAACUUCUCUGUUCAUUUCCCCGGCAGCCCUUAAAACAACUGCCUCUUCCACAUUAUCGUCAAGCCAGGAGAUACUGAAGGACGUAGCAGAAAUGAAAGAGGACUUGAUACGGAUGACUGCUAUCCUGCAGACCGACACCAGUUCUGCAAGCAAAAGCUUCCAGACAGACCCUCCGAAAGAAUCUAAAAUUGAGGAUGAGGAGCCCUUCAGCAUAGUUGAAAAAGUGAAAGAAGAUCUUGUGAAAGUCAGUGAAAUCCUGACAAAGGAUGUUGUGACUGAUAGCAAAGCCUCUAUGAAAGACAAAACACCUGAGGAAGAUUGGGAGGAGUUCUCUAAAGAUGAGAUAGAGGAGGCCCAGCAAAGUGCCAGGAGAUUCUCCCCCAGUUAUGACACAGAAACCACCCCUGUCAGAACCCAGUCUGUAUCUGAGAAAGAUUUCAGUCUAGCUAAGGUGGCUGACUACUUAAGCAAUGAAUUUAGUGCGAACUCCUUGUCAAAAAUGUCAGAAAUGAAGCAAAGGUAUGAUGAGGUAAAAAGAGAUGGGGAGGAAAAGCAGAAACGCGUUCUCAAACCUGCCAUGGCAUUGCAAGAGCACAAGCUUAAAAUGCCGCCCUCCAGCAUGCGCUCCUCUUCCUCUGAGAAAGAGCUGUGCAAACUUGCCGAUUCUGUCUUUGGCACUGAUGCCAUAUUAGAGUCCCCCGAGGACUUUUCACAUGACCAGGACAAGAGUCCUCUCUCAGACAGUGGCUUUGAAACAAGAAGUGAAAAGACCCCUUCAGCCCCUCAGAGUGCAGAGAGCACCGGACCUAAACCCCUCUUCCAGGAUGUGCCCAUUCCCCCUGUUAUUACAGAAACACGCACAGAGGUUGUUCAUGUCAUUAGAAGCUAUGAGUCCCCUGAGGGGGUUCCAGAACCUGUAAUGGAAGAGGCAGCAGCAAUCACGGUACCUGCAUGUAUCGAACUUGAACCAAAAGCUGGAUCUAUCAAAGACAAAGUAAAGGCAUUUCAGAUGAAAGUAAAUACUGAAGAGGACUCUCUUGUUAGCAAAGCCAUGCGUCUCAAAGAGGAAACCCACAUUACCACCACCACUCGAAUGGUGUACCACAAGCCCACUACUAAGGAUGCUACAUCUGAGAGGAUUGAGGAAACAAUGUCAGUUCGAGACAUAAUGAAAGCCUUCCAGUCCGGUCGGGAUCCCUCCAAAGAACUGUCAGGCUUAUUUGAACACAAGGCCGGUGAGUCUCACAAAGGAAAUGAGAUAUCACCAAGGUUUCUUGACAAAGACAUUAAGGCAAAACCAAAAGUUGAGAGAAUAAUAGAGGUUCACAUUGAAAAAGGCAAUAAGACUGAUCCUACUGAGGUUUUCAUUCGAGAAACAAAAAAGCACCCCGAUAAAGAAAUAUAUUUCCACAAGGGGGAUCGAGCGAUAAAGGAACUACCAGACAAAUUCUACGGUGAUGACGAAGCACAACAGGAGGAGGAGGAGCUUACCGCUGAAGAAUCGCUUCCCUCUUACUUAGAGUCAUCCAGAGUGAAUACACCUGUCUCUCAGGAAGAGGACAGUCGGCCAAGUUCAGCGCAACUUAUCGCUGAUGACUCGUACAAAGCACUGAAGCUACUGAGUCAGCAUUCCAUUGAAUACCAUGACGAUGAGUUGUCAGAACUGAGAGGAGAGUCUUACAGAUUUGCAGAGAAAAUGCUUCUCUCUGAGAAAUUAGACAUUUCUCACUCUGACACGGAGGAAUCUGUGACUGAUCAACCUCACAUCCUGAGCUCAGAUAUGCAUAGUGCUGAUAGUCAUUAUGGUGAGAAAAUGUCCAGCGGGACCCAGAAGGAAUUUGUUAUGAAAUCAUCAAAGGAUGCAUCUGACAAAGCAGGUAAAUUUGCUCGCAAGGAUGAGCACAUUGACAAACUGACCGUGUUGCAUUAUACAACAGAACCCGGUAGCCCAAAACAUGCCGUAUGGAUGCGCUUUACUGAAGACAGACUUGACAGAAAUCGAGAAAAGCUCAUAUAUGAAGACAGGGUAGAUCGAACAGUGAAGGAGGCUGAGGAAAAGCUGAGUGAGGUCUCUCAGUUUUUUCGUGACAAAACUGAGAAACUAAAUGAUGAGCUUCAGUCACCUGAGAAAAAGCCACAAAAGAGAGAACCCAGAGAAACACGUUCUGGACCAAGUUCUACCUGUGGUAGUCCAGAGAAAACACAACACAAGAAUGGUGCAAGUGGCGAGGAAUGGGGUAAGGGCAGACUAAAAGAGCCAUCUGUAGGGAAAUUGUUUGGCAGCUCCAGUGAAAGGAAAUGUGCUAGCUUGCCCAACAGUCCUGAAAAACGCAUCGGUUCCCGCUUUAAUGAUGAUAAAACAAAACAAGGAGACAUUGCAGCGCAGAAAAAGGCCAGUGAAACCUCACAAACUGUUCAGCUGAAGUCAUCCAACGUAAGCUCUGUAAGGCUUAAAUUUGAGUCAGAAGCUCAAAAGCAGGACAAGGGUCCACAGUGGGGACCCACAAAACCCCCUGUGAAAAAACUCCAGGAAAGUAAGCUUCCUGUGUAUCAACUUUUUGCUGGAGCAAAGACUCCCAAAUCAGCCGAUAACACAGAUGAAGCAGGGGGUCCAAAGAAAGUUCCAGAUAGUGACAAAGUCAAAGCAUCUCCCCCACAAAGCCCUGAGAUCAUUAAGUCACGGGUGCCUGUCAUUGCUCCAAAACAAUUGGGUGACAAAAUAUCAAAUAAAGGCUUAACAGAAGCCACAGCUCCCAAACGCUCACAGGCUGAGAAUGGCAGGGAACUGGAUGCUGACAAAGAAAAAAAAGUCUACAAGACGUGGGAGAGUCAUGGAAAUGGAAGCAAUAAAGCGCAAAAGGAAAAAUUAAGCCAUACCCUUGUUCCUGGCACCAUAAAAGAGGACAGUGGUUGUGAUAUGCAAAAUAUCAUCUCUGACCAAGAAACAAAACAAUUUUUAAAAAACGGAUCACCUGUGAAGGAGGCUACACCAAUUCCCAUUACAAAAAAAAACACCUACACUGAAAUUUUGACACGUAACGAUGCAGAAUUUGGUGACGCGCAAAGUAAGAUGCAAAAAAAAAAGUCAGAAUCCCAAAUUCCUGUCUGGAUGCCAAGCAGUCUGACAGACAGUGAUCAGGCCAAGAAAGCAAAACCAGACACUUUAAUUAAACCUUCUGAAAGAAGUGUGUCACAUAUACCCACCUUAGCUAAAAACAAAUCCCAAGGCAGCUCAGAAACAAGCACAUCUAGGGAUGAGUCUUUAGAGUCUAGCUCAAUAAAAGACUCUAAUGAUAUCAGUGAUCCCAGCCCAAUAGAGUAUAUUGAGAAAGAGGCUCCAAUUGUCACUCCAGAAAGUUUCAAAGGUAUUAAAACUUUACCUGUUUACGUCAGUAUUCAUGUAGGCAAGCAGGGUGAGAAAGAAACUCAGCAGGGGACUUACAAAAAGAUUGUCAGUCAGGAAAGCCGUACUGAAAAUCGGGGAGCAUUUUACACGGUUAAACAAAAACAACCUACAUCCCCACAAGGUAGCCCUGAAGAUGACACGCUAGAGCAGGUAUCUUUUAUUGACAGCUCUGGUAAAAGUCCUCUGACCCCUGAGACUCCUAGUUCUGAGGAAGUGAGUUAUGACCUCACUUCCAGGACCCCUGAUUCAUUCAUUGGUUUUUUGCCAAGCAAACCUAGCCCAAUCCCAGAGGUUUCUGAGGAAUCCGAGGGAGAGGAGCAUUGCAAAGCUUUCCCCUUCAAAGAAUCUCCAUCGGAAAAGCCAACAACUUCCAUGGCAGAGUCCACAACGGAAAACCAGGAGGCAGAAAGUCGAACAAAGGAUAAAAGAAUUGCUUACAUUGAGUUUCCCCCACCCCCUCCUCUGGACUCAGAACAAUCAGAUCCUGAAAAAAAGGGUUCCUGUCCUUCCUCAGAGGCUGAGACAGAAAUGAUGGAGGUCAACCUCCAAGAGGAGCAUGACAAACACCUUCUUGCUGAACCCAUCAUCAGAAUACAGCCCCCAUCUCCUGUGCCCCCUGGGGCUGAAGACAGUGACUCCACAGAAGAGGAAUCUGUUUUUCAACCCAUUCCUUGUAAGAAGUACACCUUUAAAAUUUCUGAGGAAGAAGAGGAAAAGGCUUCUAAAGCCAAAAAUCAGGAAAAUAAUGGAAACCAUCGGGAAUCUAGCCCCAAUGGUGAUGGAAAAGGCGAUGAUUAUGACUUUGAGCAAAAUGGGAAUGAUCAGUCAAUAACGGACUGCUCAAUUGCAACAACUGCAGAGUUUUCACAUGACACAGAUGCUACAGAAAUCGAUUCUCUUGAUGGAUAUGACCUUCAAGAUGAGGACGAUGGCUUAAGUGAGCAGGACCCAAAACCACUAAGUUUCUCCUGUGAUAACAGAAAGGAUAUGUGGGCCACGGAAAGUAUUUUAAAGCCGUGUGAUCGCUCAUUUAGCCAGACCAAGCUUGAGGUCAUACAAGAAGAGGAGAGGGUAGUGCCAGAAGAAGGGAGGAAAGCAAAAGCAAAAAGUGACUCAUUUGACGGAAACGUAACAGAUGAAAAUAAUGGAGUCUGCACCACUGAUGGAAGACAGCCUGGGAGAGAAGGACUAUCGGAUACUUACUUUAGUUACAAAUUAGACGAUCAGUUCAGUAGCCCUUUUAAAACUGUUGCAACUAAAGGUUUGGACUUUGACCCUUGGUCCAGCAAAGGAGGAGAUGAUGAAGUCUUUGAUUCUAGGAUAAAAGACGAGGAGCCCAGACCCUUUGGAUUAGCAGUAGACGACAGGUCACAAGCAACUACACCAGACACUACCCCUGCCAGAACCCCAACUGAUGAAAGCACGCCAACUAGCGAGCCUAAUCCUUUCCCUUUUCAUGAAGGGAAGAUGUUUGAGAUGACUCGCAGUGGUGCGAUUGACAUGAGCAAGCGGGAUUUUGUUGAAGAAAGACUUCAGUUUUUUCAGAUUGGUGAGCAUACCUCAGAAGGGAAGUCAGGGGACAAAGGGGAAGGGGUCAAAAAGCAAGACGUAAUUAUCUCACAAGCUCAGACAGUGGAGAAAGCAGUAGGGAGCCCCCUACUUACACUAGAGGCCCCCUCAGAUGUUCCAACAUCCAUGUGCGCCGCUCUGAUGCAGAUUAGCAGCGACUGCAGAGACGCGUCACCUGAUGACAACAUUGAGGAGACAUCUGCAUGUACAAUGAUAACCUCUAAAACUGAUCCCAAAUUACGUAUCCCCAUUAAAAUGGGAAUCACAGCCUCCAUUACUGUAAAAAAAGAUGCUGACUCCAUGGAAUCGACAGAUUCUAAAACUGAUACACCAGACAGUCAAACUCCAGGCCACACAUUACCAGAAGCACAGGCACAAAGUAAGCCUUCCAGAAUCACAGGUUGCCUAAAGCCAUCUGAGGGAAGGGGCUCCAUGACAGAGAACUGCAAUAACAACAAUAACCUUGAAUCCUCUAACAUCCACGCAAACUACAUUCAGUGUGGCAGUGUAGUGUUUAAUUUGCAGUCAUCAUCACAGCCCACACUUCAGCAAGUCAGAAGGGUAGAUGCUUCAUCCUCUAGGGACUCAGAGAAAGUGCUGGAGAGCAGUGUGACGUGUGACAAAAUAAAGACAGAUGGAACCAGGAAAACAAAUGCAAGGCAGCCGAAGUCGAGGCUGCCAAUUAAAGCGCGGGCACCUGCACCGUGUUUACAGGCUACCACAACAGGAAAGGAGAAGCCCAAGCCUAGAGUUAAACCAGAGUCCAAAAAAAGAGUAGACAACUCUGCAAGCGUGGGACCUAAAUCUAGAAUUCCAGUUAAAGAAGUGAAGAGGGGUAAGGUCACACCUCCAGUGCCAGUGCAGGGUAAACCCCAGUCGGGGAAGACAGAGCCUAAAAGGACAAGACAGGUGCCAUCCAGAUUGCCAGUGAAAGACAGGUCAAGGACGAGCUCAGAGAGCAGUUCAGCUGUUAAGAGGGGCAAGGAGAGGGCAAGUGAGGUUCGCGGGCACUCCAGUGAGUGCGUAAAAGGUGUUAGUGGCGAGAUGCUAAAACCUGUGGGUCGACUCUCUGAUGAAGAGAAAAAGAAACGGUCAGAAUUGUCAGACGAUGAAGACAGCACAUCGAGGAACGCCUCACUGUCAGAACCAUCCUCUCAACCAUCCAUUACGUCGCGAUCUGCUAGAGUUAUGAAAACUGAGGCAGCGCCCGUAAGAAAAAAGGUUGAACAGGCCGGCAGUGAGAGAAGGAGGAGUAGGCGGACGGUUGGGAAUGAAGGCAGUCAGGUUUCGGGGCCCUGCGUGGCUCCCAACGGGGAGAUCAAGCCUAGCCCACAGAGUCCCUGUGAGAGAACUGACCUGCGAAUGGCAAUCGUAGCAGAUCAUCUGGGCCUGAGCUGGACUGAGCUGGCCAGGGAAAUGGAUUUCUCUGUCGAUGAAAUAAAUCACAUUCGAGUGGAGAACCCUAACUCAUUGACAGCUCAGAGUUUCAUGCUAUUAAAGAAAUGGGUUAGCAGAGAUGGUAAAAACGCCACAACGGAUGCCUUAACCGCAGUGCUGACAAAGAUCAAUCGGAUGGAUAUUGUGACAUUGCUGGAAGGGCCAAUAUUUGACUAUGGUAACAUUUCAGGCACAAGAUGUUUUGCAGAUGAUAACGCUGUUUUCCGGGAUCAGGCUGAUGGUUUCGACAACAUCGAGCUGGAACUGAAGUCUCCCUCUGAGUUGAGCUAUGAGCCCCCCACCCCACUUCGGAAAGAUGAUUACUUUAGCGAGGGGUAUAGCCUAGACUCUCCCAGUAGGAGCCCCUGUAGACCCAGCGAUCUGUCCUUGUCCCAGCCGCCUUACGGCCCUGCCGCCGGAGCGGAGCCGCCCACGGUCGUGUGCGAGGACACCUCUCUGGACUGGCGGAGAGAUAGAGACGGAGAGGAGGAAGAGUCGGGCUCCGCGGAGCGGCGCGACGGAGCGAACGCCGCACAAGCGCAAGCCACGCCCGCGCAGCCGUGCCAGGCGGAAGAGCGGGGGCCGACGGGGGACGCCCGUCCGGGGGCCCCUGGCCCCGCCCCGCGGGCCGGCAUCUUUGCCGUUAGGGAGGGCAGCGAGUCUGGUUCUGACGAGGAAGAGGAGGAAAUGACGCGCGAGAGGCUGCAGUCCCUUUUGGAAGACGUUAAGCUGGAGGAAGGCUCAGAGGGGGAGGAGAUGACUGAGGAGAGGGUGCAGGCUAUUCUCUGUCAAGUAGAGCAGGCAGAAAAAGACAUGUCUUCGAUUCCAGGUUGGCGCAGCGAGACCUCAAGCGUUAACGUGGAGCCGCCGACCCCGGGUCGCAGUCUGAGUUCCGACCUGCUCGAUCGGCAGGAAAAUAGCUCGGAGAACGCCGAUGACUCCAAUACCUCAGCGUCCAAAGGACAAGCAGGAAAGGCGAAGCAAAACGGCGAGCAUGUGCAAGCCAGGUCACUUCCUGCUGGGCAGGAUUCGGCCAGCGAGGCCCAGAAGAUGCCGAAAGAGACGCUGCGCGUUGAGGGGUCCCAGGAUGAUGUCCCGGGUGACAGCGGGGCAGGACCAAGCAGUAGGGAUGGCAGUCCUGCAUCUGAGCACAAAAUCCAGGAGGGUAGAGAUAAUGAGUCCAGCUCGGACGAGGAACGGACCAUUACCACCAGGGUUAUCCGGCGCCGGUUGAUUCUUAAGGGAGAGCAGGCCAAAAACAUUCCUGGGGAAUCAGUCACCGAGGAGCAGUUCACGGACGAGGACGGUAACAUCAUCACCAGAAAAGUCAUCAGGAAGGUCAUCCGCCGCGUGGUUACCGCGGAUGACAGAGCCCGGGAGAGGGGGACAAAAGAAGGGGAUUCCAAAAAAACGCAUAUGUUUGAGGAGGAGGAGGACCGCUCCGAGGGCUUAGGAAGCCCGGGGGCGAAAGCAGAGCACGGGGAAGGCGGCAAGACGAAAAAGACGGAAGGGAGGGAGAAAAAGGUUCAGUCAUAAUGGUCGCUCUGCUCAAACUGGUUUUGGAAAUGUUUUAUUAUAAUUUUCCUGCGGGGAGACUACUGGAAACCCGAAUGCAGGAUAUCAAUCGGCCAAAAGAACGUGUGUCUGCAGCUUCCACAUUAUCGCAUGGUUUUCAGCGAAGAGGACAUUUCUCUCCCUCCUUCUUUUUUUUUGAUUUAGCAUGAGCAUGAAAACUCACUUUUCUGUCAAUGAUCUGGGGCUUCAUAGUCAAUGACACAUUUGUGCCACGGUGUCAUGGAAACCUACGACACGGUGUUCGGCUUCGGACAAGCCGGCAGAACGCCGAAGACAGCCGCGACGUCAGCAGCGCCUGAGCAAACAUUUCUGUGACCAAAGAUGGCACAUAAACAAAUUGGAUCGGUGAAACCAGAGGAAUACACUUUUGAAUCACCUUCUACACUCGCCUUAUAUUUUCUUGGACCCAUAAUGUUGGGGUGUAAAAUGCUGUUUCGCUUCUUUUUAACAAAAUUAUUGGUGAUCUUGCUGUAUAUAAAUUUCACUGUAUAAAUUCUAAAAGUAGCUCUCGGAUUGUGGAGGCACUGGCUGAAAAGGACUGUAGAGGCUUGUCGGAACAAAAUGCCAAGAUUUUGUUCCCUGUUUAUCGGAAAGGUUUGGGUGUGACUUCACGUUCUUGUACAAUUACUUGCAGGUAUAAUGUUUGUAAAUGGAAAAACAGAGCUAGCUUGAUUUUAACAGAGGACAUUUCUUGAAAACCUACUGCGAUUCUCUGUGAUUCUCAAAAUGGGAAUAUCUGUAGUUCUGUGAAAAUAAUUCCUCAGAGUACUAAUAUUUUGAUGCAUGUGAUUCACCUUAUUUUAAUUACAAUUUUUCUAAGUUUGCAAACACUGUAUUAAGAAUAACAUGAAAGAAAAAUCUUUUAUCUGUGUACACACAUUACCCUAACAUUUGUCACUAUUGCUGGUUUUCUAAAGACAAUAUCUUUAAAACAUUCACCAUGCAUAAGGGGAUAUUUCUUUUUAAUGCUUCUUGAAGGUUUACUGCUUGCUGAUAAAGGAUGGCCUCUGCAGACAUGGGCUUGUACACUUGGAGAGAAAUCAGAAUGUACCCUGUAGACUGGCACGCUGUAAAAUUAUAACUGUAUCAUGUGUAUUGGCUAUAAGAUGUAGAAGUCUUUACGUAAGCCGGUCGUUUGUAAUCAUUCUAGCAGUGUAUUAAUAGGAUUUAAGGCUGCUGUGGUUAAAAAGGGCAUUUUUAUUUGGGUUUUUGGUGAAAUAUUUCCUUCCAUUGAAUCUCUUCAUAUGAAAACACCUAAAGCAUUCAUGGAUAGUAGAUCAAAUAACAUGUAUGAAAAACCAACAAACACUGGAUGAUCUAGUUGAUUAUUUAAGCAUAAAUAAAUUGUGUUUAAACUCUGA